CGGCUCGUUAUUCAGGACAGAGAGUCAAACUUCCAGCUGAAGGAGCGUCGAGACGACGAUCAGUGGAGAAAACAGGGCGGAUUCAAAGAAACAGGUUUCCAGUUAUUCAAAGUCAGCUGGAAAACAAAGAGGAAACACGAUGUUGUCCAAAAAGGAAGAGAAGAGAUCGUUCAGCAACGGCCGUCUCAGAGACCAGUGGGAGAAAAUAGCCCAGAACGAGGCGGACCAGUGCAAACAGGAGGCUGAGCGGAAACAGAAAAGCUCCAUUAAAGUUCUUUUCUCAAAGUGGACCUACCACUGGUCUAACGGAGAACAGGUCAUGGAUGAGAUUUCCGACUUCAGGAGGGCGACGACCCGGACAGACGACGAAGAAAAAAAGCCUAAAAUUAAAUUCAAAAUCGUUCCUCCACCUCCAAAAGUCAGAGCGGAGCCUCCGCCGCCGCCGCCGCCGGCCCCCAGGAGGUCGUCCUCCCCGAAACGCCACAGGCAAAAACGCAAAGUGGAAGUGGACGUGUUUCGUUUGUGCUGGAGGGAAUCCUGGAUGAGCCUGAAACCACCAAAGUACCUCUACCUGAAGGCCAGAGAGGCUAAAGAGAGGAGGACGCUGCUGAUGACCCUAGAGUGUCCCAGAAGCAGGAAGUACAAAUCAAAGACGUUUGGACCGGACGCGGACGGGACGGGUCCGAUUCCUAAAUGGGGUCAUUCCUGGAAGCAGGUGAAAAGCCCGGCUCAGUCAGAGCAACCAGAGGACAGAGACUUUGAGUGGGACGUUCUGUUUGAGAGGACGCUGCUCACAAAAGUGGAAAUAGGAGAAUAUGGUCUUCCUUCCUGGGCCGGAACAUGGAAGAUCAUGAACUUUCCCUUCAGGCAGCAGAAGAAGAACUGGGACUGCGGUUGGGAAAGUUACCAACAGGAGCCGAGCGACAAGUCCGAUAAGUUCGACCUCAUUCAGGAGCAGCUGGAUCAGGACGAGCCUGAAGGUUGGGAGGAUUCAUGGAGGCUCUCUGGAGCAGAAGAUCCGACGGACGGGCCGGCCACGUUCACAGCAGAAAUGAGCGACUGGCUGAUGCCAGGAUGGAGCAAAUCCUGCCUGCUGGCUGCAGCUCCUCCUGAGGAAUACGAAGAGCGGCAGAAGAGCUGGAGCUCCUGCUGGGGCUUCCAGCAGCAGAUCAGGUGGCGUCAGGCGUCCAUCUUGUCCGCCCAUCACCAUAGCAACCAGAUGAGCAGGAGACGGAGAGCCAUAAACGUUUUCCUGUUCUUCGGUCUGGACCGGCCUGGUCUGAGCGACUGGACGGAGGCCUGGAAGGGUCCAAAAGGACAGAAAACACAGGAGGAUGACGAAGAGCGGGAGGAAGGAGCCGGAACUGAGGAAGAGGAGGAUGAAGGAAUGGAGGAGGAAGAGGAGGAAGAAGAAGAGGAGGAGAUCAGGACAGAAAUAUUUCAAAACUUUAAUAAGAACAAAGGUCAGGAAAAAGAGGAAGAGGAGGAUGAGGGUGUAGAUGAAGAGGAGGAAGAUGAAGAUGAAGAAGAUGAGAAAGAAAAUGGUGAAAAGGAAACGGACAGAGGAGUCGAUGAGGAGGAGGAGAGUGAAGAUGAGGAAGAGGAGAAAGAUAACGGUGUCAGAGUGAUGAAGGAGGAUGAAGAAAAAUGUGACAAUGCAGAUGAGGAAGAGGAGGAGGAAGAGGAAAUUUAUGAGGAAGAGGAAGAAAACGACAAAAACAAAACGAAGAGUCAAAAGCUUGAAACUGAGCAGAGGAAGAAGGAUGGUGAAGAUGAGGAAGAGGGGGAUGCUGAAGAUGAGGAAGAAGAAGAUGAGGAGGAAGACGAGGAGGAAAAUCAAGCCAAUGAUGAAGAAAGACACGAAAAUGCCAGAACAAAAGAAACAGAGAGUCGAGAUCCAGUAACUGAGCAGAAGAAGAAGGAUGCUGAAGAUGAAGAAGAGGAAGACGGGGAAGAGGAUGAAGAGGAAGAAGAGGAAGAGGAUGAAGAGGAGGAGGAAGAGGAGGAGGACAGUCAAGCCAAUAAUGAGGGAGAAAUGCAAGAAAACGGAAAAUCAAAAGAAACGAAGAGUCGAGAUUUAGGAGAGCAAAGGAAGGAGGAUGGUGAAGAUGAGGAAGAGGAGGAUGGUGAAGAUGAGGAAGAAAGAAAGGAAAACAACAGAGCAGAAAAAGACGAGAAGGAGAAAACGAAUGCCACAAAGUUGGGAAAAGACAAAGAAGAAGAUGAUGAAGAGGAGGAGUUUCUGGACUUUGAUGAAGAAAGAGGCAAAACUAAAGGAGAUGAAGAGGAGGAAGAGGAGGGAGAGGAAACAGAUGAAGACUAUGAAGAUGCAGAUGAAGAGAAUGAAAAACAAAAGAAGGAAAAAGGAAAAGAAAAGGAUGAAGAUGUAAACCUGAAAGAGGAAGAGGAGGAUGAAGAGAGCCUGGAUUUAGAAGAUGAUGAUGAUGAUGAUGAGGAUGAUGAAGAGGCUGAUGAGGAAGAGGAUGAUGAAGAGGAUGAAGAUGAGACAGAAGAAAACGAAAAGCAGAAAGACGAAAAUAACGACGAGGAUGAAGAUGGAAACAUUGACAGGAUGAAGAUGGAAACCAAAGAAAGACGCUGCGAAGAGGAGAACAAUGAGGAAGAGGAGGAUGAGGAAGAACAUGAGAGCUGUGAGGAAGACGAUGAAGAGGAGGAUAGAAAGAUGGAGGUGGAAGAAAUCAACAAAAACAAAGAUGAAGGUGAGGAAGAUGGAGAAACUGAGGAAGAAAAUCCUGUGGAGGGAAAAGCUGAGAAACAAGCAGAGGAAGAGGAGGAGGAUGAAGAACAAGAGAAGAAGAGCGGCGUUCUAAAACAGACGAAGAAGAAGAAGCAGAAAACCAAACCCGGCGCUCCGCUUCACCUGCAGUUCCACAAGCUGAGCGCCUCCUUCUCCUCCUGGCGGCGCUCCUGGAUGGUCGCCGUCGCUCACCGCGGAGGAGCCGACGACGAAGACGAAGAAGAGGAGGGAGAGGAGGGAGAGGAGUGGCGAGCCUGGAAGGAGUCCUGGAGAAUCUGCCGCUGCAGGAAGACGGACAAAGACGAGGUGAUGAGCUUCUCCACGGAGCACCGGAGCCGUCGGGACGCCAUACAGGAAGUGGACGAAACCACAAGCAGGAAGUGGAUUCUGAGCUGGAAAAUGAACACAGCUAACGGCGGACAUGAGGAAGAGGAGGAAGAUGAAGAGGAUGAGGAAGAUGAAGAUUAUGAGGAGAGCUGA